GUUCACACCCCACCUAUAACUGCAUUGCUCAGCUGAUCCCAUCCUGCAGCCUCAGACCCAACGGGGCUCAGCCAGGGCAGCUCCCAGCAGCUGUUCCUCUGCAGCUGCCCCUCUCCCAUUGGGGUGGCUGAGAAGGGAGCGGGUGAUUUUUCACAGCUUCCAUUCAUUUCUUUGGAUCACGUUCCCAAAUCCCACCCGGCUCUACAUGCAGUGGCAUUUUCCAGAGCGAUGAAAUAAAAACCACAGCCUUGCUUACAAAUUGCCCCAGGUGUUUUUGGAGGAAGGGGAAGCUUCCACCCCAGGGAUGCUACUGUGAGCUGCCCUACUACUGAAUUAAUAACGUUUUUCCCUGCUCUUCUGGCUGGGGUUAGAAGGAUGCAGCUCAGCUGGGUGUCACCUUGGCUGAGCUGCAGACCCCUGCCUGGCACAAACCGUGUCCCUGUUGGUGCCAUUCAGUCUCAGGGAAGCUCUCCAGCACACACCACGUAUGAAAUGCUGUCAGCUCUGUGAUCUGAGCACUGUUCUGCCAGCAGAAACCCACAGCACAGCACUGGAGCAUGGAACAGGUGAGUGCCAAACUGCAUUCACGCCACCUCCUUGCUGGGGACACCCCUGGCAGCACUUGGUGACGUGCAGCCCUGCAGCGUGGUGGAAGUGGGUUCCCAGCAGAUCCAUGUGGCUUCAUGUGACUCCCCCAGAGUGUGCACAGAUAAAGGAGGCAUUAUUCACCGUGCCAGGCCUGUGCCAUGUGCUGUAACCAGACCAGGAGCAGCCUUCCCCAAGGCAUUAACAGGAGCAUCUAUCUCCAGCGCCCAGCUGGCUCCAGCCCUGUGCCCCGGGAGGGGGAAGGCUGCCCCAGACACAAGUUCUAUUUUAUCAUCUUUUUUUCUUUUUGCAGCUGCUGACAUAAUCUCUCACAUUAGUUGGACUGGCCAGGGUGCUGCUCUGAGCAAACACAGCACCGGGACUGGCUGCAUUUACUGGCUGCCCUCUGCAAACAACUCUGUGCCCGGAGCACUGCUGGCCAGCUCUGAGCACGGCCCAUCGCUUGGUGGCCUGUGGCCGGCCAGCACAUGGCCACCUCCCUCUGCCACCCCACAGCAGGCUGCCCUGAGAGCCACGCAUGGUAGCAAUCCUGAGAACAAGGGCCUCGACAGCUCUGCAAACGGGGAAACUGAGGCAGGGGGGCGCCGAGGCCAGAACACAGAUAAUCUCCAGGCAGUACCAGAUCCCACUCCACUCAAGUGGAGUCAUGCAGUGGUGGUGCUUUCCAGGAUCAAACUCAGGUUGCAGUGCAGGGCAGAGCAGGCUCAGUGCAUGCCUGUGCAGGCUCGGCGGGGUGAUGGCACGUGUUUCCAGCCUCGUGCAGGCUGUGUGAUCAGCUGCAGUUCUGCAGCACGCUUGGCUGGUUCAUUUGUGUGUUCGCUGUGGUGUUUUGUACGACCUAGAAAACUCCAGCUGGCGCAUGCAAGCCAGCAUGCCCCUUUAUUUUGUAAUAUUUUGUAAGGGGAAGGAUUGAGCUGGUUAAGUUCCCUUUGCAUGAUGCUGACCAUCAGAAACACACACCUCCCUCAUUCUGACUCUGCAGCUCCGUUGGAACCCGAUGUUCAGAGGAACCAUAGUACAGCAGAGCUCUGCACAUCCCUGCAGGACAUGGAUUGUGCUCGGGGUGUCCUCUCACCCAAAGGUCAUGUUUGUAAUUUGCAUGCACUGAUGAAAUGGCUCUGGCCCACCAGACAGCAACACCCCGCCGCGAGCAGUUCUGACUUGCUUACAUCUCUGGUUAUUUGGAGUGGUUGACGGAGGAAUUUGGGCUCUCUCUUUAAAACAAACUCUUUUUGUCUUUCAGAAAAAGGAGAGAAAUGCCUGAGAUGGACCAAUUCUGAACAACUGAGCCCCUCUGCUUCUGUUCAGGCUCUUUUCAGAGUGGGGUGAUUUGGAUGCAGGCCCAUCCUGCGUUCUAUCCAACGCAUAAACGGGGGCUCCCAGGAGCGGUGAUGCUGAACAUGCAGAACCCCUUAACCCACAGCCCAGGCAGCAGAAUCCAAACCUCUAAAGCACUGCACCUCCUGCCCAGACAGGCCCUCAUUACAGGGUCCUCCUGAGCAGGAGGAGCACAAAACCUUUGUGCUGAGAGAACUAAAUUAAACCUUAAAUUAAACCUUUUCGUACAGCUUCUAAAUGUUUGUUUUGUUGGUUUUUUUUUGUUGGUUUUUUUUUGCUGUUCACACCUUUGCUUUGAACUCACAGGUCUGCCUCAGGAACUUUGUAAAUCCCUUUAAACCCAGCUCUUCCAAUGCAACUGCUGGGAACUGGGGCGGGAGGGGCAGAUGUUGAAGAGCUCUGUUUGCUCCCUGGCAGCCGGUGAGCCCUGCUGGCUGUGAGCCCCCCCAGCCGUGCUGUCUGGAGCCAAUCUGAGAAGAAAAGUCAGAAUUCCGUUCCGUUUUGCAUUUCUCCAUUCUUCCCGACCGGCGGAGCGACAGAAAAGGACGGGGCCGGAGGACGGCGGUGCGGAAGAGGAGGAGGAGGAGGAGGAGAGCAUCGGAGGAAGGCAGACGUCCCACGGCCAUCACGAGCGUUGCUGUGACCAGCUGGCACCCCUGCUCACCAUCUGGGAUCUCUGCAGGUUGACAUGUCCUACAUAAGCUGUGCCCUGCGGGUGGCUGCCCCCCGUCGCCUGCCAGCCCCCUGGAGAAGCCCCCGACCCUACAGCAGCACAACAGGACCCACAGCUGAGAAGAGCGUUCCUUACCAGAAGACACUGAAAGAAGAAAGCAAUGGGAGCACGGGGCCCAGCCGACCACCCCCAGCCUCAGCCGAGGUGGUGGUGGUCGGGGGGGGCAGCCUGGGCUGUCAGACCACCUAUCACCUGGCCAAACUGGGCAUCACCAACGUCGUCCUGCUGGAGAGGGACCGCCUGACAGCGGGCACCACCUGGCACACGGCUGGUUUGCUGUGGCAGCUCCGUCCCAGCGACGUGGAGGUGGAGCUGCUGGCGCACACGAGGGAUGUGGUGAGCCGCGAUCUGCCGGCCGAGACGGGGCUGCACACGGGCUGGGUGCAGAACGGGGGGCUCUUCAUCGCCUCCAACAAGCAGCGCCUCGAUGAGUACAAGCGGCUCAUGUCGCUGGGGAAGGUGUAUGGCAUAGAGUCACACGUCCUGACCCCGGCACAGACCAAGGAGCUGUACCCACUGAUGAAUGUGGACGACCUGUAUGGCACUCUGUACGUCCCCAAGGAUGGCACCAUGGAUCCUGCUGGCACCUGCUCCACCCUUGCCAGAGCAGCAACAGCCAGAGGUGCUACGAUCAUAGAGAACUGCCCCGUCACCGGCAUCCAGGUCAGAACGGAUGACUUUGGGGUGAAGAGGGUGCAUGCAGUGGAGACAGCCCAUGGGACCAUCCAGACUCCUUGUGUAGUCAACUGUGCAGGGGUGUGGGCACGUGCCCUGGGCCGGAUGGCAGGCGUGCACGUGCCACUGGUGGCAAUGCAUCACGCCUAUGUGGUGACCGAACGCAUUGAGGGUAUCCAGAACAUGCCGAAUGUUCGGGAUCACGAUGCCUCGGUGUAUCUCCGUCUCCAAGGCGAUGCCCUUUCUGUGGGUGGCUAUGAGUCAAACCCCAUCUUCUGGGAGGAGGUGUCAGAGAAAUUUGCCUUCAGCCUCUUUGACUUGGACUGGGAUGUUUUUAUGCAGCACAUCCAGGGUGCCAUCAACAGAGUGCCGGUGCUGGAAAGGACAGGCAUCAAAUCCACUGUCUGUGGGCCAGAGUCGUUCACAGCUGACCACAAACCUCUCAUGGGGGAGGCUCCAGAAGUCCGAGGUUUCUUCCUCGGCUGCGGCUUCAACAGCGCCGGGAUGAUGUUGGGAGGAGGCUGCGGGAAGGAGCUGGCCCAUUGGAUCAUCCACGGCCGGCCGGAGAAGGAUAUGUACGGCUACGACAUCAGGAGGUUCCACCAUUCCCUCACCGACAACAACUGCUGGAUCCGGGAGCGGAGCCACGAGUCCUACGCCAAAAACUACUCGGUUGUCUUCCCCCACGAUGAGCCGCUGGCAGGGCGCAACAUGAGGAAGGACCCUCUGCACGAGGAGCUGCUCCAGCAGGGCUGUGUGUUCCAGGAGAGGCAUGGCUGGGAGCGGCCAGGUUGGUUCAGCCCAGGAGGAGCAGCUCCGGUUCUGGAUUAUGACUAUUAUGGUGCUUACAGCCGGGAGCAGCACAGGGAAUACACCUACAACCAGCUGCUGGCAGAUGAAUACACCUUUGACUUUCCACCACAUCACAGCACUAUCAAGAAGGAAUGCCUGACGUGCAGAAAUGCCCUGGCUCUCUUCGACAUGUCUUAUUUUGGGAAGUUCUACCUGGUUGGCCCCGAAGCCACCAAAGCAGCCAACUGGCUGUUCAGUGCUGACGUGAGCAAAGCGCCAGGCAGCACCGUGUACACCUGCAUGCUGAACAAACGUGGAGGGGUGGAAAGCGACCUGACUGUCAGCAGGAUCAGCCCUGGUGACCCCAGCUCCCCGCUGGCCCCUGCCUUCCAAGGAGAUGGUUACUACCUGGCCAUCGGUGGGGCCGUGGCUCAGCACAACUGGUCACACAUCACCACAGUGCUUCAGGACAUGAAGCUGCAGUGCAAACUCAUUGACUGCUCGGAGGAGCUGGGCAUGAUGAGCCUGCAGGGUCCACUGAGCCGCACUGUGCUGCAAGAGCUGCUGGACACCGACCUCAGCAAUGAGGCCUUCCCCUUCUCCACCCAUAGGCUUGUGAAAGCUGCAGGAUGCACGGUGCGUGCCAUGAGGCUGUCCUUCGUCGGUGAGCUGGGCUGGGAGCUGCACGUGCCCCGGGAGAACUGUGUCAGGGUGUACCGGGCAGUGAUGGAGGUGGGCGCCCGGCAUGGCAUCACCAAUGCUGGCUACAGAGCCAUCGACAGCCUCAGCAUCGAGAAAGGAUACAGACAUUGGCACGCAGACCUCCGCUCUGAUGAUACACCACUGGAAGCAGGCUUGGCAUUCACCUGCAAGCUCAAGUCCAGCAUUCCCUUCCUGGGACGGGAGGCUGUGGAAGCCCAAAAAGCUGCAGGCAUCUUCCGCCGCCUUGUCUGCUUCACCACGGAUGAGAAGGUGCCGAUGUUUGGCCUUGAGGCCAUCUGGAGGGAUGGUGAGGUGGUGGGCCACAUCCGCCGGGCAGAUUUUGGCUUUGCCAUUGACAAAACCAUCGCCUACGGUUACAUCCGUGAUCCUGCGGGGGGACCCGUCUCACUGGAUUUUGUGAGGAGUGGCAGCUAUGAGCUGGAGAGGAUGGGAGUGCGUUACCCUGCCCAGGCACACACCAAGUCCCCGUUUGACCCAGACAACAAGAGAGUGAAGGGCAUCUACUGAGAGCCUGCAAUGGGGAGAAGAGAAUGCUGCUGGCCCCAUUUCCUGCCUGGCAGUCUGACGUGAACUCACUGAAUAAAUUUGGGUCAGAUUAGAAGAGAAGAAGAGGAAAAGAUUCCAAAAAGUCCAAGAAUUUUGUUCCUGGAUUUUCUAAAUGAAGCAAUACCACUACAGCAAUAAUUCUUUCCCGUGGGUUAAUCGACCUGAAAACAGUGUUUUGCUUGACUGCAAAUGAAAUGGUUUCAAUUUUUGACUUUGCUGGAAACCCUUUUCCCCCUAAACAUAGUUUCACGCUGCUUGGAAAUGAAUGUUUUAAACUAAAUGUUUGUCAUUAAUACAGCCAUCACCUCCAAACCUGCCGUCCCACUGGCCUCU